AUGGCGUCGCUCCAGGUUAGGGGACCAGACUCCUCAGUCUCAAAGCAAAAAGCAAUCGACGAUGCAAAGAAAAUGCAAAAGCUCGUCACUGAGCAGAGCUCCAAGGAAGGAAAAGACCCUCCCCCGUAUCGCCUUUCGGAGCUUAUCGGCAAGGGUAGUUUUGGGCGAGUAUACAAAGCCACUUCUCUAACAACGAACAAACUUGUUGCUGUCAAGAUUAUCGACAUCGAGGAGAGUGAUACUGUCAACCCUCGACUUGCCGAUACUUACAACGAUUUGCUCAAAGAGAUUGGUGCCCUACAACUUCUCAGUGCAAGUGGCGCCAAGAAUAUCAACCAUGUCCUCGACGCUCUCCCUGUUGGACAGUCUAUGUGGAUGAUCACAGAGUAUUGCGCUGGAGGCAGUGUGGCUACACUUAUGAAACCGACCGCGCCUGGUGGCCUGCAGGAGAAAUGGAUUAUUCCCAUUCUUCGUGAAGUGGCCGAGGCUAUUUAUUGGGUUCACGGUCAAGGUAUAAUACACCGAGAUAUCAAGUGUGCAAACAUCCUAGUCACAGAAGAAGGAAACGUUCAACUCUGUGACUUUGGAGUUGCUGGGGUCAUCGAAACCAAAUUCGACAAACGGUCUACUGUUAUUGGCACGCCCCAUUGGAUGGCCCCCGAGCUUUUCGUUUCUUCUGCUUCCUAUGGAACAGAGGUAGAUAUCUGGGCUUUUGGCGCUAUGGUUUAUGAGAUCGCCUCAGGCCUGCCCCCAAGUGUGGCAGCAGGCAUGCUGGACGUCGCCAGGCUAGGGUCCUACCUCAAACACAAUAUUCCUCGUCUUGAGGGUGAUCAAUAUUCUCAAGGCUUGAAGGACCUUGUGGCGUUUUGCUUGGUAAACGACCCCAAGAAACGACCUGCAGUGGAAGAAAUCCAGCAACACAGGUACUUGCACAACACACAGGAUUUGUAUCCUUCAUCGGACCUGGGACAUUUGGUUAGAGGCUACAAAGUCUGGGAGGCACAGGGUGGUGUUCGCAAGUCCCUCUUCUCUGCAGGGGGAGCUCAAGGUCCUUCUGAUCUCGGCUUCCAGGCCUUCGGCAACGACGAGUGGAACUUCAGUACAACUGCUGCGUUCGACCAACAAGUUCUUCAGAACGGUGAUGUCCAGGCAGUUUUUGAUGUUUACGGCUCCAAUGUCGAUUUCAAGCAGGACGGGUUUGACGAUGCUUCUCGAACUCAGAAGCCAAAAGCACGUCGACGUCCGCCGCCUCAUCUCCCUUCUGUCAAGGCUCCCCUGGAGAAGCUCUUUGACCCGAACACGAUAUCGAAUUACGAAGACAAUUCGCGAGCAUACUAUGGACGCCCUUUUCUUCCAACAGUCGAUUUCACCCCUCCCCCUCCACUUCCUGCUCCUCCAGCUUCCGAUCUGCCCUUGCGGGACGACUCGUCGCAAUCUCCUGGUGUAAGAGAAUCUCUGAUUGACCUCGACAUGUCUUUAGAUGGUAGCAACCUCUCUGAAUUUGUCGAUCUGAAUACUAUCAGGGCAGGAGACCCAAGAGCAUCUACCGAUUACGAUUUUGGUGACGUUUCUUAUAACAAGCCACCACUCAGUGACCCAGCAGAUAUGAGCAACAAUCGCAGAACACGAGACUGGAAGUUUCCCUCCAUGGAUCCGCCCCCGCCUGCGUCCGCAAACCCAGAAAUGUUCAGGUUUCCCUUCAAUGAUGAACAGGGGCCAAGCACCAGUCGUCUUAUUCACCCUCCUACGGAACCGAUUCAACCUUCAGCUCAUUUCGACGAUCUUGCUGUGCCCUCUCCAGGAAACAACCGAGUAUCAACAGGCAGUCUUAUUGACUUGGACAUGAGUCUAGCUGAUCCCAUUCCCAUGGGCGAUUAUACCAGGCCUUCCACAUCACACUCUGAUGUGGGAUCCUUGGCCGGCUCAGAGCUUGGUGGCGCAGACCCAUUCCAACUGGAAAAGCACGCCUCUCUUUAUAUUAUGCCCAACGGUAUACGGGAGCCUUCUAUCUAUGUUUCCGAUGAUUCUGAUUUUGCAAAUGCUGUUGCGGACCUUUCUCUCAACAAUACUCAACGUCAUGAUCCUCAAAUGAGCUACCAGCAGACUCAAGUUCCUCUAUUCCAGCAGCGAUUGGCCCAGCCUCAAACUCCCCAGACGAAUGGGAACGCCAUGACCGAGAGACCGUACUCCCUGAGCGAGUUUGCUGAUACCGAUCCUGAAUCGUUCACCCCUCAUACGCUAGCUGCCCCUGAGCUUCCGCUUCAGCCUCCACUUCAGCCUCAAAUGGAUCGCUCACCUGUGCGGGACGACUACCCCCGUUCUUACCAGCAGCAGCCAUUCCUCCCGCCUGCGCCCACUGCGCCCUCGCCUCAGGUCAUGGAAGGCCAGGCCUCGUCAGAACACGUUAAGGAGGAGCUCCGACGUAUGGCCAUGAGCCUGAGCGACCAUCUCAGUCAGGCAAAUACUUACCUGUCGGGCCUACCACUCAGGAGAGCAAGUACGACUAGGGUUGAGUCUGUCGAAACACCUUAA